AUGUUCAAACAUACUUUGCAAUCAGUUAGUCGGCCGACUGCGGCUAUCUUGAUUCUUGGGAGAAGAUCUAUCCCCAAACCUACAGAUGUUCUGGUCCCUGUUCGGAAGCAACUUUUUUCCUCUGCUCGUAAUGCAACAGGUACAUUCACCGAGGUAUCCUCGUUGCUAGAGGAGAGGAUACAUGGUGUCAGAGGGCCACCUAACCUUGCUGAAACUGGCCAUGUCUUGUCUGUUUGUGACGGUAUUGUUCGCGCCCACGGGCUGAGAAAUGUCCAAGCUGAAGAACUUGUUGAGUUUGAAUCUGGAGUGAAGGGAAUGUGUAUGAAUCUAGAAGCUGCUCAUGUUAGUAUCGUGCUUUUUGGUUCUGAUCGUCUCGUUAAACAAGGUGAGGCCGUUUGGCGAACCGGUGAGAUUGUUGAUGCUCCCGUUGGUCCUAAGAUGCUUGGACGGGUUGUUGAUGCAUUAGGAAACCCUAUUGAUGGAAGGGGGCCCAUUGAGACCACCGAAAGGAGUCGUGCUCAACUUAAGGCUCCCGGCAUCUUGCCUCGCCGCUCCGUCAAUCAACCUAUUCAGACAGGCCUGAAGGCGAUUGAUGCUAUGGUACCUAUUGGUAGAGGCCAACGUGAACUGAUAAUUGGUGAUCGACAGACUGGAAAGACCGCCAUUGCCCUGGACACUAUUUUAAAUCAGCGGAGAUGGAACAACUCGAAUGACGAGUCAAAGAAAUUGUACUGCGUUUACGUAGCUAUCGGACAGAAGCGGUCCACGGUAGCUCAAUUUGUCAAGAUCCUGGAAGAAAAUGAUGCUCUGAAAUAUUCUAUCAUUGUCGCUGCCACGGCAUCUGAAGCUGCUCCGCUACAAUAUAUUGCUCCGUUCUCUGGCUGCGCUAUGGGUGAGUGGUUUCGCGACAAUGGUCGACACGCCAUUAUCAUCUAUGAUGAUUUGUCGAAGCAUGCAGUCGCCUACCGUCAGAU